AUGGCGCAGAGGCUUGCAAGACAGGUAUGUAUGACAGUACCGAGUAUCAGUCAGUCUAUGCACAGACUCGCCUGUCAGUCACGUCAUCGAUACUUGUCCUCAACUUCUGCGACGACGCCAAAGAGCGACAGUCUGCCUCCUCGAAUCGAGCCUGUCCAUGAGCUUCACAGAGCGCAAGCAGCAUCUCCCGUCGCUGCAGCGCUCAACAAGCAGCGAUCACGGCCACACAAGAAGCCAAAGAAGAAAAAGAGCCUGAACAAUCCUCUCAAAGCAGAUCCUGUCGCUACCCAGAGCUCAUCGUCUGCUCGCUCGGACGGCCUGGCGAUAGCGUUCACCUCUGCAGAAGAAUAUGAUAUUGAUGCCUUGCGCACCAUCUUGUGGGAAUCUGGCUUGCUCGGGCGAGGGGACGAUAAGGACGCGGUCAAUCUGAUGGGAGAGGCUGUCUAUCUGCCCCAGUGGCCGCUGCGAGAUACGCCGUCGAUAGCCCAGACUGAGCAGUCUGGCGAAGUCUUCAUCUUUGAGAACGGUAGCUAUGUCACCUGGGGACUUGGCGAGCAUACAGCUGCUGGAUUCCUUGACAAGGUCAUCAGAGGUGGCACGAACGAGAGCUCGGUCGAGAAGGAGCGCUAUCCCGAGUGCCAGAGCGAGUCGGUCAACUUCAUCGUCGAUCUGACAAGCGAGACCGGCAUAAGAGACGAUGCCAUCACGAUUGGUCAGACUGAUCUCGAUAGCUCUGCGCGGCCGACCAGUGUCGUCACGAGCUUUGCGCCUCCUGCUUUCAGCAAAGUAGACAGCAGUCCCCACUCACUCGACGUUGCGACUGGCUCAAGUAUCAGAAGAGCCGAUCAGAUAUCGUCUGGCGCUUCUUUGCCUACUGCAGAACGCGACCUGCAAGCGCGCCUAGCUCUGAGCUCUGGUCUCACACGCUCUACAAAGCUCGAUCACUAUGAGACGGAGCUAGACAAAUUCCUAGAGGGUCUCUCGAAUAUCCCCGACCUGCUCGCAAAAGGCAGCGAGGCGCCCAUCAAGAAGAAGGAGAUUGUCAAGAGCUUCGGCUUCCUGCUCAGAAUGCGGCAAAAGCUCAACCUGAACGAGGAGAACUUGCUCGAUCCGCCCGACUUUCUCUGGUCAAGUCCUGCCCUCGAGGAGUAUCACGAAGCAGUAUCAAAUUCGCUAGACGUGCAGCAGAGGCUCGAUAUCGUCAAUCAGAAGCUAGACUGGGCGAGCAAUCUGCAGUCUACCCUGAUGGAGUUGCUCUCAACGGCAAGACAUCCGUUCUUUAAAACAAGCCAUCGAUUAGAAUGGAUCAUCAUCUUCAUUAUCUUCUUCGAGACCGCCCACGCGGUCUAUAUCCAUCUCAAUUGA